AUGUCAUUAUUCGGCAAUCUGGGCAACAAUGCCCAGCAGCAGUCCUCUGGCACUUCGCUCUUUGGCAACGCGAACAACAACAACAACAACAAUACGCAAUCCUCGCAACCUGCCCAAUCGACCUCUCUGUUUGGCCAGGCACAGCCCACGCAAUCAAACACUACUCCUUCACUUUUCGGCGCCGGCGCAACACAGCAGAACACAGGAAAUCAGACCCAACAGCCUCAAUCCAACGCUCCUUUUGGCACUGCUGCUACACCCUCGCUCUUCGGCCAGUCCGCCCAGCAACCUCAACAACAACAACAGCAGCAGCAGCAGCAGCAGCAAUCGGGCGGCAUGUUCGGCUCUACCACUACCAACUCUCAACCCCAGCAAAAUGCAAGUCUUUUCGGACAGCCUGCACAGCAGACGAACAGUCUCUUCGCGCAGCCGACCAACGAACAAAACCAGCAACAGCAGCCCGGCAUGUUUGGAACCAACAAUGCAAACUCGCUGAGCGCCUCCCUGCUCAGUGCCUCCAUGUCCGCUUUGCCCUCAGCUCUCGUGAACAAGCCUACGACGAUCGGAUUCAACCAACAAUCCAUGGCCCCUCCACGCGACAAGACCAUCCCCCAGCAAAUCGAGUCCAUCUCUCAAAAAUGGAACCCCGAAACCGCCGAAUGCAUGAUGCAACACUACUUCUACGUCCAAGUACCUCCGGAACAGACUCCAUUCAUCAGCAUGCCGCCGAACGCCGAUGAACGUGAGUGGGAGAAAGCUUUGCGCAACAAGCCUACACCGGGAUCCGUACCCGUCAUCGCAAAGGGAUUCGAAGCGCUGGGCACGCGUCUGAAGACACAGGUGGAAGCCGUCAAGCAACUGCAAAUGCGUCUACACGAGAUGAACAACAGCCUGGGAGCCAUGAUGCAAAAACAUGAAUUGGUAUUGAGUGUCAGAGCGGCGGAAGCAAAGAGAAAGCACAUCGGUCUCAGUCAAAGAUGUCUUGCCUUGGCAGUGCGCGCUCAAGUGCUUGCAAACAGAGGAUUUGUGCUGGACGGCGCCGAGGAAGAGCUCAAGAAGAAGUUGGCAACUCUAGAAAAGGCCGUGUUUGACCCAGCAUUCUCGGGCAGAGAAGAGGAGAUCUGGGCACGCAUGGUGGCUAUACGGGAAAGAACAAGGUGGCUGCAGGAAGAGAGUGAGAAGCUCGGUCGUCAAGUCACUGGAGAGAACGGUGGACUGGACGAGCAGGUGAUUGAAAAGACGAAGAAGAUCCUUCACGACUACGAUACCCAGAUCCAGCACUUGCGCAAAGAAAUGGACCAGAUCAAGAAGGAGUACGAGGAGUGGGAGGCUGCAAGCAGACCUAGCAAGUGA